AAAAAUAUGGACAGAAUUGAACACGUGCGUUAUCAUCAUAAAAAUUAAAAACAAUUUUUAUAUUUAUUAAACAUUUUGUUUUAUUAAUGUUAAUGAAUUAUUUACAAAUUAAAAAAUGAGUUCUCCAAAUAUAAAAGAAGCGUUCUCUGUUGAAGCAAAGCAUUCUCCUUUUUUUACCGGUGGAAAUAUUGAAUGGAGCCAAGAUGGAGAUUAUGUGCUAUGUCAAAAUGUUGGAAAAAUUGAAGUUUUAUCAGUAAACAAAGGUAUUGUAAUACAACAAUUAGGAGUAACUGAAAAUCCUGAAGAUGAAGAUGUAAUAAAUAGUUUUACACUUAGUGAUGAUUUUACUCAAGUAAUAAGUCAUCACAAAAGUGGCUUAUUUAAAAUGUGGUCACCAUUAGAUGGUAAAUUGAUAAAAGUAUGGAAGUCAAUACAUCUUGGUCCAGUACCACAAAUUGCAUUAACAUCAAAUAAUGAAAUAAUGGCAUCUGGUGGUGCUGAUUCAAGUGUUAGAAUAUGGAAUUUACAACAUCAUUCAUGUGUAUUAAAUUUAAAAGGAGUCAUGCAAGGUGUAACAAGUGUUUUAAAAUUUUAUCCAAUUGCUGAAAAAAAUUUAAUAUUUGCAUCUGGUGAUGAUACAAAAAUCCACUGUUGGGAUUAUACAACAAGUAAAUUAGAAAAAUCAUUUUCUGGACAUUUUAGUAAAGUAACUUGUUUGUCAUUUCAUGAUGAUGGUAUUCAUAUGGUUAGUUCUGGUCGUGAUAAAGUAUUAAUUCUUUGGGAUAUUGAAAAAGGUGUAUCAAUAAGAGUUUUACCAGUAUUUGAAUCUGUUGAAGGAACAUUUAUAAUACCAUCAAGCUUUAUAUUUCCAAAUAUUGUUGAUAAAAAAACAGACAGUAUUUAUGCUGCAUCUGCUGGUGAAAAAGGUACUGUUGAUAUUUGGGAAUUAAAAAAAGGAGCUAAAAUUUAUUCACAAGUAAGAGAUGGACCAUCAAUAACUCGUUUAUUAUUUAAUCCAAAACUUAAAGCAUUUUGUUUUGCAACUAAUGAUAAUAAUAUAAUUAUUCAUUCACUUGAAAAUUUUGAAUGUUUAAAACAAUUUGUUGGUAAUAAUGAUGAAAUAUUGGAUAUUGUUUAUAUUGGUGAUGGUGGUACACAUGUAGCUGUUGCAACAAAUAGUUGUGAUAUUAAAUUAUAUGAGCUAACAACAAUGAGUUGUCAAUUAUUAAAAGGACAUAGUGAAAUUGUUUUAUCACUUGCUACUACUCCUGCUAAUUUAAAUUUAAUGGCUUCAUCAGGAAAGGAUAACACAGUCAAGCUUUGGUUGAUGUGCAAAGAGACUAAAAAAAUGUCAUGUAUAGCUUCUGGAAUGCGACAUACAAUGUCAAUUGCUUCAAUUGCAUUUUCACAAGCAUCUGCAACAUUUUUAACAUCAGUUAGCCAGGAUCAAUGUCUUAAAUAUUGGGAUUUACCAAAUAAAAUUUCAAUCAACGAUUCAGAUUUAAGUCUAAAUGCAACAAAUACUGUUAUGGCACAUAGCAAAGAUAUAAAUUGUGUAACAGUAUCACCAAAUGAUAAACUCAUAGCCACUGCAUCUCAAGAUAAAACUGCCAAGCUAUGGGACACAGAUGGAUUAAAAUUACUUGGUGUAUUUAAUGGUCAUCGUCGUGGUGUUUGGUGUGUAAAAUUUUCACCAAUUGAUCAAGUAUUAUUAACAUCAUCAGCUGAUUGUACAAUUAAACUUUGGUCACUCAAAGAUUUAAGUUGUUUAAAAACAUUUGAAGGACAUGAAUCAUCUGUUCAUCGUGCUGAAUUUAUAUCACGUGGUAUGCAAAUAAUAACAUCAAGUGCUGAUGGAUUAUUAAAAAUUUGGAGUGUUAAAACAUCUGAAUGUAUUACAACACUUGAUGAACAUGAAAAACGUGUUUGGGCAUUGGCAGUUAGUCCAAAUGAAGAAAAAUUAAUAAGUGGUGGUAGUGAUUCAUUUUUAAUUAUUUGGCGUGAUGUUACUCAAGAAAAUCGUGACAAAUUAAAUUCUGAACGUGAACAAAUGCUUUUGGAUGAUCAAAAAUUAAAAAAUCUUGAAGAAUCACAAGAUUUAAUUGCUGCAUUGAGACUUGCAUUGAAACUAGAAAGACCAUUCAAAGUUUUAGGAAUCAUUGAAAAUAUUAUCAAAACUGGUGAUACAAAUCUUCAUGAUUCCAUUCAAGAAUUAAAACCUGAAUAUAAAGAUUCUCUUUUAAAUUGUGCUUCAACUUGGAAUAUGAAUGGAAAACAUUCUCAUAUUGCUCAGCUUGUCAUCAAUGCAUUGUUGAAAGAAAUUGGAAGCGGUGAUUUUGAAGCAACUGGUUUACCUACAACCUUGGAGACACUUAUUCCCUACACAGAUCGUCAUUUUUGUCGUUUAACAAAACUUUUGCAAGAACUUCAUCUUAUGAAGUACACAGCUAUAAGAAUGAAACCACACACGUAAAUUUUAUUUAAUUUUUUUGUUCAAUAUAUAAAAAAUAAAUUACAUUUUUUUUUUUAAAUUAAUUAAAUUUUUUAUUACGUUUAUUUCUUAUUUUUAA